AUGUGGCGAUCACUGGAGGUGUUGAGGAAGGUGAAAGCGAAAGCGGUUAGUGGGGUCCAGUUGAAAUGGAUGAGCACGGUGAUGUGUUUAGGUGAUGGUAGCCAAGGGGCCGUUGGAUCCCCGGUGGGUGUGGGACUCCAUGCAUACGAACCCACCCCUGUUUCUACUCUUCCUUCCGACAUCGUUAGCGUCCACGCCGGACACUACCACUCCCUCGCCCUCACUUCCCACGGCCAUCUCUGGGCCUGGGGCCGAAACAACGAGGCCCAGCUCGGGCGUGGCCCAUCCUCUAGAGAAUCAUGGCAUGAGCCAGAGAGAGUGAAGGGGUUGGAGAAUGUGAAGGUGUGUGGUGCUUUUGCUUCCGGUGUUGUUUCCGCUGCCGUUGGGGAUGACGGUUCUGUGUGGGUGUGGGGGAACUCCAAACGCGGUCAACUUGGCCUUGGUCAAAAUAUCACCGAGGCUCUUGUGCCUACCAAAGUUGACGCACUUUCUGGAGAAAACGUCGCAAAGGUCUCGUUUGGAUGGGGGCAUGCUCUCGCUCGUACUGCGGAUGGCAAGUUGUUUGGAUGGGGUUAUUCAGCGGACGGUAGGAUAGGCAAAAUGGGGAAUCGCUUUGAGACAUCUCUGUUGGAAUCCGAGUCUUCAAAUUCACAACUCUUAAGUUCAGACGUGGAAGAUGCUGAAAAGAGAGUCUUGCAAGGAAUGGAACAGGAGAAUAACAUGCCGAUAAUAUGGGAGCCCCGCUUGGUGGAAGAAUUACGCGGUGUUCAUGUUCUGGACAUUGCUUGUGGCCUUGACCAUUCUCUGGUUCUUUGCCGUGAUGGUGUGCUCUUGAGCUGUGGGAGCAACAUAUAUGGCCAGUUGGGGCGAGCUGAAUCAGAUUUGGGAAUUUUGCCUGUUAACAUGAGCUUCAGUCCCAUUUUUAUAGCAGCAGGGCUUGGGCAUUCAUUGGCAAUAUGUCAGCUAGGUGAAUCAGAUGGUAGUGUGGGGACUACAAACAUUGCUUCAUGGGGAUGGAACCUGAGUUCUCAGCUUGGGAGGCCCGGGGAUGCGUCAGUACCUUCUUUGAUUGAUGCAUUGAAUGGGGAAAACCCUGUCUCGGUUUCAGCUGGACGUGCACAUUCCCUUGCUCUCACGUCCAAAGGGGAAUUGUGGGUCUGGGGCUCUGGUAAAAGUGGCAGACUUGGAUUAGCUAGUUCUGCUGAUCAAGUGGAGCCAUUUUGCAUUGAUUCCUUAGAGGGUUUUCAAAUUUUACAGGCUGUGGCGGGGUUUGAUCAUAAUCUGAUCCUAGUGGCUGGCUGA